AUGGAGCAUGAGAAUGGCACAGGGGUGACAGAGUUUGUGCUGCUGGGGCUAUCCCAGACCCGGGAGAUCCAGCUCUUCCUCUUCAUCUUGUUCCUCGUCUUCUACUCCAUUAUCCUCCCAGCCAACAUCCUCAUCAUCCUCACCAUCCAGUGUGACCCUCACCUGGGCUUCCCCAUGUAUUUCUUCUUGGCCAACCUGGCCUUUCUGGACAUCUGCUACUGCUCCGUCACCCCUCCAAAGAUGCUGGCUGACUUCUUUUCCCACCACAAGACCAUCUCCUAUGGGGGUUGCAUGGCUCAACUCUUCUUCAUCCACUUCCUGGGAGGGGCAGAAAUUUUCCUGCUCAUGGGCAUGGCCUUUGAUAGAUAUGUAGCCAUCUGCCAUCCCCUGCGCUAUGCCAGCAUCAUGGGCAGAGAGAUCUGCUGUGCCCUGGUUGGGGCUGCUUGGGCUGGAGGCUUCACGCACUCCAUCCUCCAGGUGGUGCUGAUUAUCCAGCUGCCAUUCUGUGGCCCCAAUGAGCUGGACAAUUUCUUCUGUGACAUCACCCAGGUAAUCAAGCUGGCCUGCACUGAUAUCUAUGUGCUGGAGUUCUUCAUGUUCUUCAACAGUGGCCUGGUCACCUUGAUGUGCUUCCUUCUCUUGCUCAUCUCAUAUGGGGCUCUGCUGGUCCGACUGCAGAUGGGCAACCCCUCAAAGGGGAUGAGUAAAGCGGCCUCCACCUGCAUCACCCACAUCAUCAUCGUCUUCAUCAUGUUUGGCCCCGCCAUCUACAUCUAUUGCCGGCCCUUCCAAAACUUUCCCCUGGACAAAGUGGUGGCCGUGUUCCAUACUGUUGUCUUCCCACUCAUGAACCCCAUGAUCUAUACACUCAGGAACAAGGAGAUCAUCAGUGCAAUGAAGAGGCUGCUGAGUAGACGGGCUCUGGAGAGGGCAAUAGAAGGAAGUUAAAAUACAGAAGUGCAGGGUUUGGAAUUAUUUCAGGGAACU